AUGGCGUCUGGUAAUCUGAGAGCUGAGCUGGAAUGUUCCGUCUGUCUGAACAUUUAUACAGAUCCUGUAACCCUGAGAUGUGGACACAACUUCUGCCGGGAUUGUAUUGGUCGUGUGCUGGAUACACAGGAGGGGUCUGGAGGUUAUUCCUGUCCUGAAUGCAGAGAGAAGUUCCAGAAGAGUUCUGCACUGCACAGGAACAUAAAACUGCGUAACAUUGUGGAGAAUUUCCUGUCUGCUCAGCCAGAUCAGGAGGAGUCCGGAGUCCUCUUCCACAGCAAGUCACCAGAACAUGUCUUAUGUGACCCCACCACUUCCCUGGAGAACAUGAAAUGCUCCAUCCAUAAGAAGAUCCUGGAGUAUUACUGCACUGAGGACUCUGCCUGUAUCUGUGUGUCCUGCAUUCUGGAUGGAGAACAUCGGGGACAUCAUGUGGAGAACGUGGAAGGCGUGGAGUUGGCCAAUCCUGGAGCCAGCACGGUGACCACGACUUACCUAUUUGGUGACUUUGAUCCCUCUCUUCGGUGCGGUGUCAUCGUCCACCACCUCUUCCUCACUGGAGUCCAGCUCACCUCCUCUUAUAGCAGUAAGAUGACACAAGAGCGGAGGCGUCAUGGUGGAUCUGAGCAGUGUCCGCCUCCAUCUUCCUGGAGAGCUCCGCCCCCGGAGAGGGAUUGGAGACGCAUAGUUCUGGUGGCCAUCCUGUCCUGUGUGAUCGGAUUCGGGGCCUUUGCAUACAGCGGAUACAGGAAGUGGAGUGUCACUCAAGAUAUAACUGGCUCCUCCUCUCACUUCCCACAGGGCCCCUCCUCCCCAGGACAGCUCCUCUCCCUCUUCUUCUAUGUGGCCACAGAUGGCCAGGGAACACUGACCCCUCACAUGGACGGACGACACCUGAGUCAUGUGACCGGCACAUCGGAGGAGCUGAGCGGCUUCACCAUCAGAUUCACCAGACCGGAUGCAGAGGGCGGAGCCAUCAGCUACAACCACUUGGUGACGGCGUGCCCGGGGCUCCACCACAUCACGGACGUUGUACGCGUUAGCCUGAGAGACCACUUCAGCCACCCGUCCGGAGGUUCCGGCGCCAACAAGAGACGUUACUUUGGAGUAGACGUCUACAACCCUCCCCCUCAGUCGGGCUCAGACCACUCCAAGAUCAUUAUCCACCAGAUCACCAUGGCCCUCCCCUUCCAGGCCGAGAUCCUGUUUGAGUCGGACAGUUUCCUGGAGCGCUCGGUGCACCUGUCCGGACGGGCGCUGAGCGGCGAGCUGGAACGGCACAAGAAGGACAUGGCUGAGCGAUUUCAGCAGAUGUUCCGGCUGGAGGAGAAGGGCUUCAUCCCGGAGCAGGUGGCCUUCGCUCAGGCCGCCCUCUCCAACAUGGUGGGUGGGAUGGGUUACUUCUACGGAAGCUCGUUGGUCCAGUCCCGGUACAAUCCUGAACCCGUGGCUUAUGCGUUGGCUCCCCUCUUCACCGCAGUCCCUUCUCGCUCUUUCUUCCCUCGCGGCUUCCUGUGAGACGAGGGGUUCCACUUGCUGCUGAUUGCUCGCUGGAACCCGUCUCUGGCCUGGCAGUCCCUGGGUCACUGGUUGGAUCUAAUGAACGCCGAUGGCUGGAUCCCUCGGGAGCAGAUCCUCGGACCCGAGGCUCGCAGUAAAGUGCCCUCCAAACUUGUGGUUCAGCGGGACGACAAUGCCAACCCCCCCACCCUGUUCCUGACCCUGCGUCAGCUUCUGGCGGGCAGAAAUAUUCCCCCGGAAGGCCUCCAGGUUCUUCGGCGUGCGCUUCCUCGACUUCAGACCUGGUACAACUGGUUCAACGAAACGCAGGCCGGGCCCCUUCCGUACACCUACCGGUGGCGCGGCCGGGACAGGGACACCGUGCAGUUUUUGAACCCGAAAACGCUGACGUCGGGCCUGGACGAUUACCCGCGGGCCUCCCACCCCUCGGAUGAUGAGCGCCACGUGGACAUGAGGUGCUGGAUGACUUUAGCGUCGGAAGUAAUGGCGGACAUCUGCCACCAGCUGGGGGAAGAUGGCGGCAGGUACAAGGAGUCACACUCGGUGCUCUCCAACAACUCUCUCUUGGAUGAGCUCCACUGGUUCGAGCAGCUCGGCGGUUACGCUGAUUACGGAAACCACACACAGAACACGGUACUGGAGUGGGAGCGGACGCAGCCGUUCCCUGGGCAGGAUCCGCGCAGCGUCCCUCCCCCUAGGCUGAUACGAGCCGUGAAGAAGGUCCCGAAUUUAUAGUAUGUCGAUGCUCUGGGCUAUGUGUCCCUUUUCCCCUUCCUCCUGCAGAUCCUGACCCCGGACUCCCCCAAACUGGGCCGCGUCCUGGAGCAGCUCAGGGACCUCGACCAACUCUGGACACCGUACGGCAUCCGCUCCUUGUCCAAGAGCAGCCCUAUGUACAUGCAGCGCAACACGGAACAUGACCCGCCCUACUGGAGGGGACCCAUAUGGAUCAACAUGAACUACUUGGCGGUGAGGGCCCUGCACCACUACAGCCGGCUGAAGGGCCCACACCAGGAGAGGGCCACCAAUGUGUACCGCGAGCUUCGCAUCAACCUCAUUGUCAAUCUGUACAGGCAGUACAAAGAGACUGGCUUCCUCUGGGAGCAGUAUAGCGACCAGACGGGCCGAGGACAGGGAUGUCACCCGUUCACUGGGUGGAGCUCCCUGGUCGUCCUAAUCAUGGCUGAGGAAUACUGAGCAUGAUGUAGAGGGUCUCCAUUCUUCUGUAACAUACAGGCUGAGGCGAGCAACAAGGGGCAACGCCACUCGAGUCCGUUUUAUGGAUGUUGAUUG